AUGGCCUCACGGGGCGCUGGUCUGCCCUACAGGCAGCUUAUGCAGAGAUUAUCCCAACGAACAAUUAGCUACACCCGCCCAUUACGCGCAGAAGUCGAACAAGAGAAAGAUGCAAAAAACAUCAAACCUACCAAGAAGUCGUCUUUAUUGGACUCGAUGAAGGGUCUUAUCUUCAGCAGACCUGCACAGCCAGGAGACAAGCCGACACGAAAACCUCAACUUCCUUCAGAGCCCCAGCGAGAAGGUUCCUUAGGCCAAGAGUCCAUCUUCGCUGAUGAGGCUGUUGGCGAAAUCGAAGAAACAGAGACAACCGAUGGAAAGACACUUACCAAUAAGAAGGUACUGACGUGGGAGAAUAUGCAAAGGGUACUUGACCCCAAGCCCGAAGCACGCAAGCGAUGGGAGCGAAAGAUGAUCAUUCGAGAGAUUCGGAAACGGGGCCGAUUGACUAAGGAGGAAAUUAUUGCGGCAACAGAGCGUGAAUCGCUUGUCAAGUCUCAUUGGUUCAAGACUUCAGUCAAGAAGUUGACACCGCUGGCACGACAAAUUGCCGGCAAAAAUAUCGAUGAAGCUAUUCUGCAGAUGCGAUUUAGCAAGAAAAAGGUCGCCAAGGAUGUUUUGGAACAUUUGAAACUCGCCAAGAACACAGCUGUCGUCCGUUACGGAAUGGGACUUGGGAAAGCAAGCGACCCUGCCAAUAAGAUCGAACCGAUCACUGUCAUUCUGAAAGACGGCGAGAAACACACCAUUUCAGACCCAACAUCGAUUUAUAUUUCAGAGGCAUGGGUGAACCGAGGUCCUUUUGACAAAGGAUACGACCACCGAGCCAGAGGAAAGAUCAACCUUUUACGCCUGCCAUACACCGGUCUGUCGGUGAUGCUCAAGGAAGAAAAGACUAGAAUUCGCGAGUGGAAGGACCGAGAGACGAGAGCGCUGCGUCAGCGUAAAUCCCAACUGUGGACACAAUUGCCGGAUCGACCUGUGUCGCAGCAGAACCAGUACUACAGCUGGUAA